AUGGCAUCGCUCUUCCAAUACAGGCAAAUCCGCCGGGCUAUUCAACAGAAAAUUGAAGGAAGCUUCACUGAAAAUUGGGACAAACAGAGGGCAAACUUCGAUGAUACGGCCGCCCAGUCAGUCAUAAUUGUCAAUUGGUCCAGAGAAAACGAUCCGACCAACCCUGUAAAUUACAGUACUCCACGGAAAGCUGUUAUGACUUUGCUUGUCUCCCUUCUUGCUAUCGCCGUCACCGCGUCGUCCUCGAUAGACGCUUGCGGUGUAACGCAGUACAGUGAAUAUUUUAACGUCUCUGGUGUUCUAUGUUUUCUUAUCGGCUUCGGCAUUGGUUCCCUGUUUUCUGGGCCAUUUUCGGAAACAUUUGGACGUAGUGCCGUCUAUCUUGUUACCAUGUUCGUAUUUCUACUCUUCGUCAUCGUAUCUGCACUUGCCCCUACCCUACAAAGCCAUCUGAUAUUCCGAGUUUUGGCUGGCUUUUUCGGUUCCACGCCUCUUACUUGUGCCGGCGGAACAGUGGCGGACCUGUGGAAUCCCUUACAGAAGACUUACGCAUUUCUCCUUUACGCUGUUCCGGCAUUUGGCGGGCCGGUGAUCGGGCAAACCAUUGGUAGCUUUGUUCCCAUCACCUUGGGAUGGCGAUGGUUGGAAUGGAUUAUGCUUAUCAUGGAGGGUCUAACUCUCAUGGUUGUUUGGAAGGCCGCUGAACUGCGGAAGCAGACGGGUAAUGAUCAAUACAGAGCACCGAUGGAGCUACAACGAACCGAUCAUUAUUCUUAUGGGGUUCUCUAUCUCACCAUCGUAUAUAUGGUGCUUUUCUCAUUUCUCGAAGGCUAUACGUUCGUAUUUGGAAGGACAUACUCACUCUCCCAGGGCCUUACGAGUAUCGCAUGGGUGGGCAUGCUGGUCGGUGAGCUGCUUGUUUCCUGUGUCAUUCCACUUGUAUACUCCUGGACAUGCAGAGAGUAUAAACGGACUUCCCGUAUCCGGCCAGAGGCGCGGCUAUGGUAUGCUACGCUGGGUGAUGCUCCCGCCGUACCUAUCAGCCUGUUCUGGAUGGGAUGGACUAGCUGUUCGACGGUCACCAUCUGGUCGCCCCUCAUUGCCUCGGUGCUGUUUGGUUAUGGUAUCACCACAAUCUUCCUUGUCGCCUACAUGUACAUCAUUGACUGCUAUAGAGUGUUUUCAGCGUCUGCAUUGGGUUUCGUGGUCUUUUCGCGGUACAUAGUGGCGGGGGCGAUCUCUGUGGCGGGUGCUCCGAUAUAUUGCUCUUUGGGAGUUCAUGCACUUGCAGGAGUGAUCCCUUAUCUGCUUUAUGUUUAUGGGCCAAGCAUAAGGAAGCACAGCAAAUAUGCUACCAAGAAAAAUUGA